GGAAGAAACGAGAGAGAGAGAGAGAGAGAGAGAGGUGGGGACCCAUCCACCGCCCAUAAGCACGCAGCCUUACCGAAACCAAACCCAUCUCUGAUCUAUUUUGUCAAUCUAACCCUAACCCAACACUAUCCCCUAGAAGAAGAGAACCCCCCCCCAACCUAUCCUUUCCUCUUCACUCCUCUCCCAAACUCUCAACAACACCACCAAGAUAGAGAUCACUAUAACCAUUACAAAAGCUUCCCUAAAAGAUGGUAAGUUCAGCUCAGAAUUAAAUUCGGUGGAUGACACCAAAAAUCCACUCAUUCUCUCCUUUCUCUUCAAGGGUACCGCUGCUGAUUAGUUCAUUAAACUAGAUAAAGCAACAAGAAAGCAAGAAAAGGGAGACACCCAGAAGUCUUGUUAUUAUUUAUUCCCCUUGUUGCUCCCACUUUCUUCCUUUUUCUUUUUCAAAUUACACAAGCUUUACUCCUUUGUCUUUCCAUUAAUUUCUUGGUCUAAUUGUACUUGGCUUCUGUCUGUGUAAGAAAGUUGAGGGUUUUGAGGUCAAACAAGUAAUGGAUGGGCAUGGCCAUUCUCUUCCCCCUCCUUUCCACACAAGAGAUCUCCAUCUACACCACCACCAACAGCAGCAGCAGCAGCAAUUUCACCACCAACAGCAGAAUUCAGAAGAUGAGCAAAGCGGCAGCAGCGGCCUCAACCGGCCUCAGAAACGCGAUCGUGACGAAAACAACAGCAGCAGCAACAACGAAGGCAACGAACUUGUCAUGGGCUCUGGUGGGGAUGGAGAGAUCACAAGAAGACCCCGCGGAAGACCCGCCGGAUCCAAGAACAAGCCUAAGCCGCCGAUCAUCAUCACUCGCGACAGCGCCAACGCUUUACGCACCCAUGUGAUGGAAAUUGGUGAUGGGUGUGAUAUUGUUGAGAGCGUUGCUACCUUUGCUAGAAGACGCCAGAGAGGUGUCUGCAUAAUGAGUGGAACAGGCACGGUGACUAAUGUGACUCUCCGGCAGCCGGCCACACCCGGUGCAAUCGUGACUCUACACGGCCGAUUCGAGAUCUUAUCUCUCGCAGGAUCGUUCUUGCCACCACCAGCACCGCCAGCCGCUACGGGCUUGACAAUAUACUUAGCAGGAGGACAAGGCCAGGUGGUCGGGGGUAGCGUCGUCGGGACGCUAAUUGCAGCCGGCCCGGUCGUGAUCAUGGCAGCCUCGUUUAGCAACGCCGCAUACGAAAGGCUUCCACUAGAAGACGAGGAGACUCCACUGCCAAUGCAACCGGGUACAAUUGGGUCCCCGGGUGCGGUCAGUCAGCAGCAACAGCAGCAGCAACAACUCUUGGGAGAUGCAAAUGGGCCUCUUUUCCAUCCCAUGGCUCCUAAUCUUCUCAACUCUAUUCAAUUGCCAGCUGAGGCAUACUGGAAUACUGGUCGCCCUCCAUUCUGACCACAAUAGCACCAGGUUUCUCAUCACUUUCACAUCGAGCAUAGCUAGGAAAGUUUGGUUGUUAAGCAUUUGCAGGUCUUUUCUGCUCCUUCUUGCUAGUUUUUUUUUUUUUUUUGGUUUCGCGUUUGAUUAUUAGGUGAUGUGUUUACACGUUGAUUGACGGGCUGUGUAAAUUCAUGGAUUAUUGGAGUGAGUUUGAUGGUAUUCAAAUAACUGUUAAACCAAUUCUCUAGGAGAGUAUUAUUUUAUGCAGCAUUUAGCAAGAAAGAUAAAAACGUAUUAUAAGACAAUUAUAUUUGCGUUGUUUGAAUCAA